AUGGCAAUGCAGAUGGCGCAAUAUCAAACAAGGAUCGAGAUUGAGGAUGUAGAAUUGUUCAACGCCGAAGUUGAACUUAUCAACUCGUUUAUGCAAUAUGAGCACCAUGGCGAAUCUAGCCAUCGUGGUUCUGUCAUAGGACUUGUCAAUCAUGACCACUACUUUGCAAGAAGGCUAGAUGCCGCAGGCCGACAAGGUUUAUCACCUCAUCAGAAGCUCACAUCUGGUUUUCGCAUGCUAGCUAAUAGGUGCUCUGCAGACUCAAUUGACGAGUAUUGCCGACUUGUAGAAAGUACUGCUAUUGAGAACCUGAAGUGCUUUUAUAAGGCAAUUGAAGGCAUAUAUGGAGCCAUAUACCUCCGCAAUCCAAAUCGUGAAGACUUGAAGAAACUUCUACGCAAGGCAGACAAAAGAGGCUUCAUUGGCAUGAUAGAAAGUCUCGAUUGUAUGCAUUGGGAUUGGAAGAAUUGUCCUACUGCUUGGGCUAGCCAAUUCAAAGGCCGUCAUGACAAGCCAAUCAUCGUGCUCGAGGCUGUGGCGUCUUACGACAUAUGGAUUUGGCAUGCUUUCUUCGACGCUCCUGGAUCAAAUAACGAUAUCAACGUUCUUUGGUCUUCUCCUUUGUUCGAUAAUGUUGUCAAUGGAUGGGCACCAGAAUUUCAAUAUAAGGUAAAUGGUAAUAGGUAUGAGCUAGGUCACUACCUAACUGAUGGUAUUUAUCCUAGUUGGUCUACCUUUGUCAAAAGUUUUUCUCAUCCCGAUAGUGCAAAGAAGAAAUUAUUUUCGCAUAAGCAAGAGUCUUACUUGAAUGAUGUGGAAAGAGCGUUCGAGAUCCUGCAAGCUUGA